AUGCUCAGAAACUCCUCUUCCAAGUUGAUCCCACAAUCGGCCGCUGCAGUACGUGCCUUCUCCUCUACUGUCAUCGCCAAGAGAACGGAAAGUGAUGCCUUCGGAGAAAUCGAAGUACCUGAUGAAAAGUACUGGGGAGCCCAAACCCAAAGAUCUUCACAGAAUUUCAAGAUUGGUGGUGUUAGAGAGAGAAUGCCAGAGCCUGUCGUUCGAGCUUUUGGUACUCUGAAACAGGCUACAGCUAUUGUGAACAAGGACUUGGGAGUUCUUGAUCCAAAGCUCUCUGAUGCCAUUCAACAGGCUGCUACUGAGGUCGCUGAGGGUAAACUAAUUGACCAUUUCCCCUUGGUGGUUUUCCAGACUGGUUCCGGUACCCAGUCCAACAUGAACGCUAAUGAGGUCAUCUCCAACAGAGCCAUUGAAAUUUUGGGUGGUAAGUUGGGUUCCAAAAAGCCAGUUCAUCCUAAUGACCACGUGAACAUGUCUCAGUCCUCUAAUGACACUUUCCCAACCGUCAUGCACAUUGCAGCUGUCACUGAGAUCACCAAUAGUCUGAUUCCUGAAUUGACCAAAUUGAGAGAUUCUUUUCAAGCCAAGUCUGAAGAGUUCAAAGAUAUCAUUAAAAUUGGUAGAACUCACUUACAGGACGCCACACCAUUGACUCUUGGUCAAGAGUUCUCUGGUUACGUUCAACAACUCACCAAUGGUAUUUCUCGUGUUGAGAAAUCUUUGGAGUCCCUUAGAUUUCUUGCCCAAGGUGGUACCGCUGUUGGUACGGGUUUAAACACUAAGAAGGGAUUUGCUGAAAAGGUCGCUGAAGAAGUCACGCGUUUGACUGGGCUGCAAUUCUAUACAGCUCCCAACAAGUUUGAAGCUUUGGCUGCACACGAUGCCAUUGUUGAAGCUUCGGGUGCCUUGAACGUGGUAGCUACCUCGUUAUUCAAGAUUGCCAAUGAUAUCAGAUACUUAGGAUCUGGCCCAAGAUGUGGUUACGGAGAGUUGUCUUUGCCAGCUAACGAGCCCGGCUCUUCCAUUAUGCCUGGUAAAGUUAACCCAACUCAAAACGAGGCUGUCACUAUGCUUUGCACUCAAGUAUUCGGCAACCAUUCAACAAUCACCUUUGCUGGUGCCUCUGGUCAAUUUGAACUGAAUGUGUUCAAGCCAGUGAUGAUUUCUAACUUGUUAUCAUCAGUUAGACUGUUGGCUGAUGGUGCCAACUCCUUCAGAUUGCACUGUGUGGAUGGUAUUGAAGCCAACCCAGACAGAAUCAACCAAUUGCUGCACGAGUCUUUGAUGCUGGUUACUGCUUUGAACCCAAAGAUUGGUUACGAUUCGGCUUCAAAGGUUGCUAAGAAUGCACAUGCUAAGGGCCUCACCUUGAAGCAAUCUGCUCUGGAACUGGGCGUACUUUCUGAGGAAGAGUUUGAUCAAUGGGUCAGACCAGAAAACAUGAUUGGCCCUAAAUAG